CAACGGAUGCGAGGUGUGAUGCAUCAUGCUCAUGCAACCACGCGUGAUUCCAUGACAGAUGGUGGCUGCCCGGUUGAUCCAUCUCACUGUAUUGAAUUGGUACAGUCGCUCGAAUUGUCAGGUCGUUGCAGCACAAUUUGCUCAGACGACAGGUAACCAGCGUCAAAAGGAGCGGUCAAUACGAACCGCUCGACGCCUUGGUACUCGUCCCACUUGGGUUCCACCUAGUGUUGUUAUAGCACAAGGAACAAUUCCGCGUCUCCGCCGGACAUAGGCCGACGUUGCGGAGGAGUACUAGUACUCAAUUCCUAUGGCCUUAUAGCCGCCCCGUUGAGUGACCGUCCUUGGCAGCUUUCCCGAGGCCUAUUCCUCCUCGUGGCGCCGGAAACGGCCCCUCAUGACCGAAAAUCAGUAGAACGA